AUGCGAUUAAAUGGCCUUACAAAGGUACGGGCCAGGCUGAGUACAUUAACCACCCAACGCGAAUCCAACACCCUCACCCUCCCCGACGGCCGCAUCAUUGGAUACGCCGAAUUCGGCCACCCUGAAGGCUUUCCCCUCCUCUUCUUCCACGGCUUUCCUGCGUCCCGCCUAGAAGCUACAGGCGCCGAUAAAAUCGCACGGCGCCACCGUGUUCGCGUCAUUGCGCUCGAUCGUCCUGGAUUCGGGCUCUCGACUUUCCAACCCGGACGACGUAUAACGGACUGGCCGGCGGAUGUGCUAGCAUUUGCAGGCCAUGCGAAGCUGAACCGGUUCGCGAUACUGGGAGGGUCGGGAGGGGGUCCAUACGCGUUGGCAUGUGCGCAUCUGUUGCCGAAGGAGAUGAUGUCUGCCGUGGGUGUAAUGGCUGGAGCGCCGCCGUGGGAGGCUGGCGCAAAGCAUAUGACGCUACCGAGGCGAGUAACGUCGUUAAUGGCUAUACAUACACCCACGGCUUUCGGGUACUUGAUGGACGCGCUGGUAGGUCUUAUGAGGUGGGCCGUGACGUCUGGCCCCGUGACAAGGCGUAUUGAUAAAUGGCUAGAGUUAGAGAACCGAGAGGAAAAAUCACGGACAAUACUGGAGCAGAGAGAGCGGAUCCUGCGGAUCGCCUUUGAUGGGUUUGCUCAAGGCUCUCAAGCAUUUGUGCAAGAAGCGCAGCUCUUAUCAGCACAGAGCUGGGGGUUCAGGUUUGAGGACGUAUCCUACAAUCCCAUUCAUAUAUGGCAUGGAACGAAAGAUACAAGUGCUCCCUUCGUAAUGAUCCAGUAUAUGUCGAAACGCUUGCCUCAUAGCGUUCUGCAUGAGUGUGAAGGCGAUACGCAUUUUACUAUGGUUAAACAUUUGGAGCAGAUCUUGAGGGAGCUUGUUGGGCACUCGAGCGAGACAGAAAGUAGGAAAACGGAUUGAGGGAAUCUUCAUUCCACUCGACCCAGUCACUUUGAUACGUUUAAUUGUAUUCUUUAAAGGGCAAUACCCUAC